AUGAUACCAAGACUCUUCUUCUUCUUUGCAAUAUUAUUGGUGAUUCCAUGUGUUCAUUCACUUCGAUGUUGGAAUAAUUGUACUUUUCAAGGAUUAAACUUAAACUCAUCAGAUACUUUUAAUCUCUGUUCACAAUCAAAUCAGUCAAACAACGAUACAGAUCAAAUUUGUCAAGUGAAAUUAACGAUCGAUCCAAUACAAAAUCUAGUCAAUGGGUCAUUUAUAUCUCGAAAAUCAACAUUUUCAGACAGUAAUCGACUUCUUGUUCGAACACACUUUCCACUGAAUGAUAGUUCGGUGAUCAUCGAAAUCGAAUACGAAUGUUCUGUUACCGAUUAUUGUGAUAUGGAAUUUGUGCGAGAAACAUUAUCAUCAUCGUGGUCCGAAGCGCCAAUAAAAUCUAUUCAUGAACAACUUGUGAGUCGCCUUUACGAUCCAAAUAACACUGAUGUUCCUGUUCAAUGUUCGAACAACAAUUCAUGUCCACAAAAUACAACAUUCUGCUACGCUGUAUAUCUGCCGAGAAGGUUAACACAGGGCAAUGGAUACUAUAUUGACAAUAUGUGCACAAAUACAAAUAAAUUCUGGAAGAUUCAAUGGGAAAAAACAUAUUUACCUUAUAAUCCACUAAAUUCAAUGGAUACGGGAGUGUUUUCUUGCAACAAACCACACUGUGCUUCAAAUACAUCGAUUGUUGAUACUUUUCAGUGGCUGGACAAAGAAUAUAUUCUACCGUUGAAUAUUUCUGUAGUUAAUUUAACAACAACACGAAGACCAAUGACGACAACAGUUUCAUCACCAACAUCUACUACAACACCGAAUAAUGCUUCAUUUGGAUUUGGAUUUUGUAAUUCUAUUCUUUUGGUAUUUUUUGUUAUGAUCUUCUUACAACAAAAUCUUUUCCAUAGAUUUUAA